AUGGACCUAGCUUACACGUUGAGCGGUUCACUGGCUAUUUGCGACCGACGGUCCUGGCAGGAGGACCUGCUUGCACAAUACAUUAAAACAUUCUGUGACAUCUCCGGCAGUUCAUAUUCCCUAGAGCAGCUCAAGGAUGAGUAUCGCAAGGCCUUGACGUGGCCACUUGUUUGGGCUGCGGUCACAUUUGCAGAUGUUGAAGGCACCGUGGACCACUGCGCCGGGGUUAUGCUGGAUGCUUCUGCCAGUGCAGAAGAUAUUGCAAAACGUAACAAAGCCAGAGAGGUUGCCAGGGACUUUGUGACAGAGGGCGCUGCAAGGUAUGUACAGGCAGCUUUAGAUGAAGGUAGCAUCCCUUGCGUCCAAGGUGCUAUGUGCCGCUGA